AUGCCUUAUCAUUCUCAACAAGAUUCUUUCGUAUACGAGGUGCCUAUCUCCGACCAAACGUGGCAACUGUCCCCUGGCGAAGAGUUCUACAUUGGUGAAAUCGAGAGCAACAUGAUCAUCAACCCUGUCUUUGAUGCAGAGCUUAUAACGAACCGGCAAAUGCCUCAUCCUGAUCAAGUCCACUUGGGCGAAGAACCUGUCAUGGAACACACCGAAUUUACAUUCCAUGCAGAGCUUACGGCACGUCGCUGGCCGGUACCUACAGCCAACGAUUCUAUGCAAGCCCCUUUGAAUGAAGGAUUCCUCAGCGAAGCUCCCUCGACCCACCACUUCUUACAACGCCCUUUCAGUAUGGCGAGCCAAGCCAAUCAAGCCAUAUAUCCAGCUCUCGACCAAUCUCCGUACUACCCUACAUGGGAACAGAGAGGGGCCGGAGAUGUUGGGUGA